UCUGAAGUGCUGAUCAGAUUUUUUGUUUGCUUUGUUUAGACAAUCACGCUUUUUCGUUUUAACAUAAAGUUGCAUUAACUCAUUCAGACUUUUGUAGAAGUGCUAACUGACAUUAAGAAUCGCCAUGGCGCUCAGCGAUGCAGAUGUACAGAAACAGAUCAAGCACAUGAUGGCUUUCAUUGAACAGGAGGCAAAUGAAAAGGCUGAAGAAAUUGAUGCUAAGGCAGAGGAAGAGUUUAACAUUGAGAAAGGACGACUUGUCCAGACCCAGAGGCUUAAGAUAAUGGAGUACUAUGAAAAAAAAGAGAAGCAGAUUGAGCAACAGAAAAAAAUUCAAAUGUCUAAUCUGAUGAACCAAGCCAGACUGAAGGUGUUGAAAGCCCGUGAUGACAUGAUCACGGAUCUUCUGAAUGAGGCGCGGAAACGUUUGGCUGAAAUUGCUAACGAUCCAGCUCAGUACCCGUCUCUGUUGGAAGGACUUGUCUUACAGGGUUUCUAUCAGCUGCUGGAGCCUAAAGUGGUAAUCCGCUGUCGUAAGCAAGAUUUGGCCUUGGUGCAGGCUGCAGUUCAGAAGAAUAUCCCCAUCUACAAAAACACUGUGAAGAGUAACAUUGAUGUCCAAACUGAUGAGAACAACUUCCUCUCCCCGGACAUCUCUGGAGGUUUGGAGAUGUAUAAUGCCGAUGGGAAGAUUAAGGUGUCCAAUACCCUGGAGAGCAGGCUAGACCUCCUAGCACAGCAGAUGAUGCCAGAAAUCCGAGUGGCUUUAUUCGGUCCCAACCAGAACCGCAAGUUUAUGGAUUAAUGGACUGUUCUGUUCGUCAGCUGUGGAGGACUGAGUCAAGGGAUGCGUACAACUACGAACAACCUACAAGAUGUGAAACUUUCAUCUCUUGUCAACUGUCGUAUAAGAGACUUUGUUCCUUUGUGUUGUUUAUUUAAAAACAAACUGUUUAAACUCAAUUCAGAAGAGUUCGUUUUUCUAUGAUUUGCCUUUUUUUUUUUUAAUAACUCUGCCUUAUGAGGACUCGCCUACCUUGCAGGAUUGCACAAAAACUCAGGCUCUUCAAUCCGUACAUUCUCCUGUAUCUGUCAGCCUGAGUCUUUCAUUGGCCAAUGACAGAAUGUGCCUGUUUACUAGUUAGGUUGGUGAUGUUGUUUAAUAAACAUCAGAUAUAACUGUUUAAAACGUGUGAUUGUUGAUUUAUUUUUAGCCUUGGGUCAGUCUUUGUCUGUGCUUCUACUGAGGUUAUGAACACUUUUGUUCUAAUGUUCAGAGAGUCCGUCUAGCAGUGCUUCAGCCUUAAAACUGUUUGAAGUAUCCAGUUACAAUCCAAAUAGCUUUGUAACUGUUUGUGCUCACCUUUUGUAUUCUUUUUUUUUUAUCCUUGUUUGUUUAUCACCUGGUUUUCAUCUGUCUCCUCAAACUGUUAACUGCCUGUAGAC